AUGAGGACAGUAAUUUUACUGCCAUUUUUAAUAUUUUUUUGUGGGGGUAAUGUAAUAAAACACAACGAAGAAAAGGAUCUAGAUUGGUGGGAAACGGAAAUUUUCUAUCAAAUAUACCCACGUUCUUUUUUUGACAGUGAUGGGGAUGGCAUUGGUGAUCUAAACGGUGUAACCUCAAAAUUAGAAUAUGUGAAAGAGAUUGGUGCUGGGGCAAUAUGGCUCUCACCAAUGUUUCAAUCACCUAUGUACGAUUUUGGAUACGAUAUUUCUGAUUUUUACUCAGUUCAUGAUGAAUAUGGCACAAUGGAAGAUUUCGAUGCCUUACUUGAAAAAGCGAAAGAAUUAGAUAUUAAGAUAGUAUUAGACUUGGUACCAAACCAUACUUCCAAUGAAAGUGUGUGGUUUCAAGAAGCCCUCAAAGGCAAUGAAAAAUAUUACAACUAUUUCAUUUGGGAAGAUGGAAUAAUUGACGAGAAUGGAAAUUCGAAGCCCCCGAACAACUGGGUAAGUCAUUUCAGAGGAAGUGCUUGGGAAUAUAGAGAAGAAGUAGGUAAAUAUUAUCUGCAUCAAUUCGUCAUCGGACAGCCUGAUUUAAACUACCGCAAUCCAGACGUUGUUGAAGAAAUGAAGAAUAUUAUACGAUUCUGGCUGGACAAAGGUGUAGCAGGUUUCCGAGUUGAUGCAGUAAACUGUUUGUUUGAAGUCAAUAAAGAACUUUUUGGUGGAGUGUACCCCGACGAGCCGUUGUCAGGCAGAGUUGAUGUCGACCCAGGGUCACAUGACUAUCUGUCGCAUAUUUACACGAAAGAUCAAAAUGAAACUUAUUACAUGGUUUAUGAAUGGCGUGACGUAUUUGAUGAAUUCGCAGCAAAAGACGGACUUGCUAGGGUAAUGAUGACCGAAGUGUAUGCUACUGUUCAAAACGUUGUAAAAUACUUUGGUGAAGGCGAGAGGAAGGGAGCUCAAAUGCCAUUCAAUUUUGAUUUAAUAUCAGACGUAGAUGGAUCUUCAUCAGCCGCUGAUAUUAAGCGAGCUGUAGACAAAUUCUUGACUUAUAAGCCAGUAGAUAAAGUAGCUAACUGGGUGGUUGGCAAUCAUGACAACAGUCGCAUGGCAACCCGAUACGGUUCAUCAUUGGUUGAUGGAAUUAACAUGAUAGUUUUGUUGCUUCCUGGAGUUGGCGUAACUUAUAUGGGCGAGGAAAUUGGCAUGUUAGACGGAUACGUUAGCUGGGAAGAUACCGUGGAUCCGUCUGGAUGUAACACAAACGACCCUAUCAACUACAUGAAAAGCUCUAGAGAUCCGGAACGUACGCCAUUCCACUGGAAUGCAGAGAAAAAUGCUGGAUUCUCAACUGCCGACAAGACGUGGCUACCAGUAGCAGAAGGUUAUGAGACUUUGAAUGUGGAAGUUCAAAAAGCCGCUGCAAGAUCUCAUUUGAAGGUUUAUCAGGCGUUAGCCGAUCUCCGUCAAGAAAAAGUGUUUAGAUACGGGCGUUACGACUCUUUGGCCCUAAAUAAGGACGUAUUUGUUUUUAGAAGGUGGUAUAACGGGGAGACUUACCUGGUAGUUGUGAAUAUGAGGAACACUGAAUACGUCGUUGACUUGACAUACUUCGAAAACGUUUCCGGCAACGUUUCAUUUGUUAUCAGGAGCAUCCAGUCACCGAAAAAUGAGGGUGAUAUGUUCGAAGCGUCCGCUCUACCUGUUGCUGGAUACGAGGGCAUCGUUCUGAAGUUGCAAUGA